AUGGAUACCUUCUUAAAUACUUGCCAGAUCAGUUUGGAAUCUGUAAGACGGUUUAUGGAAGAAGCUAACGCUGGCACUCCAGAAGUCGAUCAGCGACUGAAAAACUUUAACGAAGUCGUGCUAAUUUUAUCCAGCUUGAUCCAAGAUGCAGUCGUAGGCGUCGACCAGGAGUGGCCAGAGCUUGCGAGAAACCUUUGCAAAACACUUCUUUUUGGUGAUUGGAUGAGGCUGACAAUGACAAUGGCUUGUCACUCAAGUUUUUUCAAUGAGGUAGAAACCCAACAGAAAGCAGAUGAAACAAGUAAACUUCCAUCACACAUGCAAACAAAGGUCGACGAGAUAACUGAAUACUUGAAAAAAUGCCAAGAUAUUUUGAAGGGGACCGACAAAAUAAUACAUUCCCUAAUAGAAAAGGUACGUGAGGCAAAACGCGCAAAUUUCAAGGGAAUCCCUGAUGAAGAUAUUCGUACUUUGCAAAUGGAUGUUGAAGAUAUGGGAUACAACCUGGAGAUGAGUAAGAAAUACUUGGACAGUGCUUAUCAGGCUUUCAACCAGCUCAAGGCAGAUAUAGAUGCAGAAAGGUGGAGCCAUCAAGUUAGUGUUGCUGCCAUUUCAACUGGAUGUCUUGCCAUUUUAACGAUUGGUGGAGUUGCGUUGAAUGUGAAUUUUCCAACUGCCAACCAAACCGGAGCCGUUAAGAACUUUAGUGAACGUCUAGGUGAGUUGGAAACAGCGAAUCUCGCUUUACUUGGGAUCGGAGGUGCGUUUGGAGCGGCGAGUUUAACCCUUUUCAUUUAUACCUACAUAAAUUCCUUUGGCAAAAGGCUCGAUGAACAGCUUGCAAGGGUCCAGAGUGAUUUGCAGAGGGCACAGACAGAGUAUGACGUCCAAGAAAUUCAAUUCAAUAAGAAAUUGAAAGAACGAAUGAAGCGUUAG